CUGGCAGAUCGCCCUUCCCAUACCUCUGCUGCCAUGUCUUUGCCCUUUGGUGCUACCCGGUUCACGCCCAUUGAAUCGGGCUUGGGUGGGAUGAUGAUCGGAGCAUCCGCGGCCAUGGCCUAUUUGAUCGAUGGUAAGAUCACUGGCAUCAGCGGGAUCAUGGGCCCCUUCUUCCGCGGUGUCUUGAAGUGCGACCCUGUGAAGGAUGCACAACUCUGGAAGCUCCUGUUUCUCACCGGACUGGUCUUGGGCGGCUUAAUCGACUUGGCCUUCAACUGGCAGUUCUCCUUCCCCCGAGCACCGCCGAUGCACAUCGCUCGUUACCUCCUGGCAGGUGUAGCUGUAGGCAUCGGCACUCGCGUGGGCAAAGGCUGCACCAGUGGCCAUGGCAUCUGCGGCCUGCCGCGCUUCUCCCUGAGAAGCUGGAUCUCUGUGCCAACCUUCAUGGGGGUGGCUGCAGCGACCAUUGCCAUCACCAGACAUGCAUUGAAGAUUGACGGCACGGGGUAUAGCCCCAGAGUGGCAGAGCUGCAAUGGCCACCGCAGUGGCAAUUCCCCUUGGGCGCCUUCAUGAGCUCUUUGCUGCUGAUCGCGCUGAGCGUUCUGUUGCCGGAUCGCUUCAAGAAGUUCGUGUCGCCCUUGUCUUCCGGUUUGAUCUUCGCCAUGGGCCUGGGUGCCUCUGGCAUGACGAAUCCCAUGAAGGUCAUGAACUUUCUGGACUUCGGAGGAUAUUGGGAUCCAUCCUUAGCGUUCGUCAUGGGAUGUGGCAUUUGCAUCAGUGGUCCCGCCUUCAUCAUGGCGGAGCAGCUGCGUAAGGUCACAACCCCAUUAUGUGAGGGAUGCAAAUUCGAGAAUCCGCCGAAGAAGGGCAACUAUCUGCCGCUGGUGCUCGGUGCCAGCUGCUUCGGCUUGGGCUGGGGCCUCAUUGGCCUCUGCCCAGGCCCUGCGCUGGUGGCCAUCAUUCCGAAGAUCGUGACGGGCAUCUGGGGCCCUUGGCAACCUGACUUCGCCUUGUCGGCUGCUGCUUUGGUGAUCUGCAUCUCCUGGCUCACCACAGAUCGGCUCAUCACGCAUUUCAGCGCCAAGCCUGUGGCCACCACUGAAGUGAAGGCCGGACCUUGAAGGCCACAGAGUGAAGACAGGCAUCAUCCAAUGAUUCAGCAUAGAAACGCAAGGCAGCCGGGUGAAGCCAAAAUGAGCCCAAGAGCCCUUGGAUGGAACUGCAGGCGGUCCUGCGGCCGAGGUCGCGAAAGUCAGCGGAUGGCAUGAUGUUUGGAGGGUCCAUAAAAUCCUUCCGCAGUGUUUUGGCUGCCGGAGGCACAUCCUUUAAACUAUGAGGUCACAGGAUGGGGGUUUGUUAUGUUCUCUUUUCCAUCUCAAAAUGUGGACUCAGGAUUGCAAAAUGUGUGCUUUCCCGUUCCGGAAGACCUUUGAUGCCAUAAUUGGCAAUCACCUGUGCAAAAUGCUCCUGCCAUUGUGCAAGUAGCAGCACUUCAUCUUCGUCACGUGGCUUCUGAUUCGCAAGAUGCGACAGUGAAGGGCGAUGGUCAGCUGAUCCCCGGGGGCCCGGG